AACUCCAGAGAACUUCCUCACUUUUCAAUUGCAAACAAAAUCCAUAUAUACUCGAAGCAUCGGUUUCUACUCUUUCCAAAUACUCCAUCUCUCUCUCUCUCUCUCUCUCUCUCUCUAAACUUAAUUGGUGACUUCCACCCAUUUUUUGUCCUGCCCAGGAGAGGGAUUGAUGAUCCUUAUUCCUCGGUACCGACUUCACAGAUAAGAAUUUAGAAGUGGAAUAGAAGAACCGAGAAGUGUGAUCAGGGUGAGAAGAAAUGUUUAAAAAGAGGGAAAAAAGCAGACUCAUUUGAGUUCACAUUUCGAAACGUGGAAUAAAAAAAUAAAAUAUGUUCCGAAGACUGCUUUUUUGUUCUUGAGAUAUUAAAUGGGCAUCGAGGUUGAUGCAAGGGUUACUUUGAAGUCAAACAGAAUAGCCCAUUUCAUGAAAACAAACCAGUAAAGUCACCCCAUUUUGUUCCUUUCUUUUUUUUGUUUAUCCAAUCAAUGGGAUUUACGGUCUAUAAUUUGUAGCUAAUAAGUCGUAUUCUCGUUAUUAAUAUUAUUAUUUUUGUUGGCUCUGUGGAUUGAUUUGUGGUUACUCCUUUCGAAAUCUCACCUUCUGGCACCAUUUAUUUCUACCCUCUAAAACUCCCAUUGAAUUCAAUGAAUUCUCUCUCCAGGCCUCUUUCUGUCUCUUCCUGGCUCUCUCUCUCUCUCUCUCUCUCUCUCUCCAGCAAGAGAAAAAAAAGGAUUGAGGUGAACUAAUCCGUUGAAGUAUUACUCUUUAGGGCUUCUCCAUUUGGUCUUGGAUUUGUUUGUUGGUGGUACUGCAUGAAACUCUUCAUAUUUAAUGAUUCGUUCUGAAAUUGGUAUUUUUGGGUGAGUUUUUCGUGUUCUUUCUUUAGAAAAUAUGGAACGGUUGUUCCUCGAAAUCAAAGAACGAAACUUUGCUCCUCCCACACAAUCAUAUCUCCUUUCUCAGCCACCCCCACCCCCACCACCCACUCUUCAAUCUGAUAUCUUCAGAUUGAACAACAAGGUCAGUCCAAGCAUACUGCUCAUCAUUAUAAUUCUUGCCAUCAUCUUCUUUGUUUCUGGUUUGCUUCACCUUCUUGUUAGAUUCCUCAGGAGACCCCAAAAUAGAGACCCAGAUGAUUUGGAGAGUGUGACGGCUUUUCAAGGGCAAUUGCAGCAACUCUUCCACCUCCAUGAUGCUGGGGUUGACCAGUCCUUCAUAGACACCCUCCCUAUCUUCCAUUACAAAGCCAUUAUAGGGUUGAAACCCUUUGACUGCGCUGUCUGCCUCUGUGAAUUUGAGCCCGAAGACAAGCUCAGGUUGUUGCCAAAAUGCAGCCACGCCUUUCACAUGGAAUGCAUUGACACAUGGCUCUUGUCUCACUCCACUUGCCCACUUUGUAGAGCUAGCUUGCUCCCUGAUUUCUCUCCAAAUCGCAACUGCUCACCCAUUGUACUUGUUCUUGAAUCUGGAAGUGAGAGCUCAAGAGAGAUUAUCCCAGAGGCUGCUCCUGGCAGAACCAGUUCAGUUGGAAGAACCGAUCCUCGUCUGGGUUCGCAUUGUGUCACUGAAUUUGGGUCCGCACGCAUCGAUUUAUCGCAUAAAUCUGGUGAUUUGGGUGCAAAAGAUGAUCCCAGACCAACCGUGACGGUGAAUUCAAAGGAAAAAGUAGUGCCUGUUAAGCUUGGAAAGUUCAGGAAUGUGGAUGGAGGUGAAGGUAGUAGCAACAACAACGUGGAUGCAAGAAGAUGUUUCUCAAUGGGUUCGUUUGAGUAUGUAAUGGAUGAGAAUUCUUCGUUGCAAGUACCCAUUAAAACCCCAGUGAAGAAGCAAUCAAGCAAGAAGCUUUCUUUGCCAUUAACGCCCGGCCACAGGCUAGCAAUGUCUGAAUGUGACUGUGAAUCCAGAAGAGAAUUCAAAUUCAACGGGUUUGAAGCAAUUGGAAAUUUUGAAGCAUACCGGGAUCCUAAUCUUAACAGCAAUGCCAACGGCAAUGGAAGUGCUAUUGGAAGGAGCAAAAGAGAGAGCUUCUCUGUUUCAAAGAUUUGGCUCCGAGGGAAGAAGGAGAAGCAGAGUGCAUCAGCUGAUGCAUCGAGGCGGGCGGUCUCGUUCCGGUUUCCGGUGCACCGGAGUGUUGUAGCCGAAGAAGAUUUGAAGGCCAAGAAUGGAGAUGGGGGUGCAAGGAGGAGUAUUUCUGAGAUUAACAUUGGGAGGCGCGAGAAUGGAGGGAAUGAAUUGUGUUGUCACGAGGAAAGGCAGAGCUGUAACAAUUUGGAUUCUCAAGCAAAGGUACCAUCUUUUGCAAGGCGGACAUUGCUCUGGCUCACGGGCAAACAAAACAAGGUCGUUCACUCGUCCUCGGCAUCAAAUGUCUAGUUUCGUUCUAUUUCUUCUUCGAUCUUCUUUCUUAGAUUAAUUUAAAUUUGAUUGCCUAAUCAUGGAAGGUAUAAUUAGAACAUCUGCAGUUGAGAAUAGAAAGAAGAGAUUUCAAGCGUGUAAAGAGAUCUGAAGUACUGAACUGGACACAAGACUCCCUGCAUUUCACUGAUAAUUUUUUUUUUUUUUUUUUUUUAAUAUUCUGCCAAACUCAGAAACAAAAAAUGCUAGCAUUUUCAAUAAGUCUCUGCCACGAAAAGUGUGCAAAUAAUAAUUUUUUUUUAAAGUAUUCUUUCAGUUCUAUUU